UAAUAAUAACAAAUGCUUUAUGAAUUAUUUAAUGGGUGUAAAGGAUCCAUCCAUUAGAAAAUGGUUGACUAAAGGCUAUAAAAUAAAAAAUAACAAUUUAAAUGAAAGAAAAGAGCAUUUAAGAGACGAUCAACAGAAGAAAAACCCCACACCGGCGAAAAAAAGAUCAUCUUUAGCACGGCCUGUAAGAGUUCACGAUAGCUUUUCACAAGAAAAUGCUCCAAUUUAUAAUAAUUGGAACGAUGACCAGAGUUCUCAGAACCAAAAACUUCCGCAACAAAGUAAUAUGCAAAUAGAUAAUCAUGAAGACACAAAAGUGGACAUAAAAAUUGAAAGUAAAAAUGAAAAAAAAAUUGAAAGAAAAAUUCAACCAUUUGGUCCGACAAUUGAUGAUGUAGUUGAAAUUCAAGUAGAUGAAGAAGUUACCACAUGGCCAUUACGCCUCAAAUUAGGCGAUUUCCUUGAUUUUCCCUUGCCUAAGUGCCACCGACGUAAACGGCACCGGCGACGCUUAAUGAUGAUAGCAACUGUACAUGAAAAAACGAUGAAGUCCAUGUUGGAAGCUGGUGGGAUUAAAUCCUGGCAACAAAUGCAGAAGCAAAAAAUUUUUGGUUUCAAAGACACCGAACGCCUCCUCAACGUUUUCAGUACUAAUAAUGUGGACCAAAAUAAUGGGUACAAUUUCAUACGUUGCUCCGUCAUGUAGAAUCUAUAACUUUGAGUAAAUUCAAGAUUCACGAGGUUAAAUUCCCUCUUUUACCUGAGAUCUGAACUUAUUUAGUAAAGUUGUUUAUACGUAUAAUAUCGACAUCUUGGACUAUAUAGUUUUAUAAUCGGUAACAAUUACGGUAUUUUGAAACUAAUACUCAGCUGAAAGCACGUCACUUCAAAUUUGCAUAUUUUAGAAAUUAUCAUCGUAGUGAGUAAUCGUUAUAUUGACUAUAUUUUCAAAUACAUCUAGGCCUUAUUUAUUUAUAAAGAAUUU